GCCCAACGAGCAUAUGUAGACAUGUUUUAAAAAAAAAAAAUCCUCCCCCCGUGUGCAUUUCCUGUGUAACGUAUUUGUGAAGCGGAAAAGAGCUUGCCCACAGUGACAAACCAAUUACAACGUUAACAAAAUGACCCACCUGGAAUGACGCAGGAGUGAACAUUUGGCCCAUGCAGAAGGGGGAAAGCUUUUUAAAAAACUCAAACGCAAAUUAUCCGGGGGGAGCGUGUGUGGGGGGGUCUUUCCGUCCCGUUGUGCGUACUCACUCUAUGCGUCUACUUUCGGUUGUAAAUUUUUGUUCCCCUGGAGGGCUGUGCUGCGCGUAACGCGUUUGGCGUGGCCCCUAAGUAACUACACACGGAUACUUCCCCAGAUGGGCGCUAUUCGCCUCGGCUUGGCAAAAUGGAAUAUAAAGAAAAGCCCGAGGGCCCCUUCUUUGUCUCCUUUUACGUGACCAACUUCACGGCAUCAGACGAUUUAACGUCGUACAAAAUAAACGUAACAGAUUUCUAUGGAAACUGCUACGAGUCCAACCUCAUUGGAAAGAAUAAUUACCGCCAGAUUAACUUCCCCAGCAACUGCAUCGAGAUAUGCGAAGGUCCGAGCGAAACGGCCAUCAACGACAUCAUCCAGAGUUGCGUAAAGGUGGACGUUUUCGCAAGAAAUAAUAACCCUGAGGGGGAGCCAAAGGACAUAAAAGAUGGUGGUAGCGGUGACGAUAACAACAGUGACGAUGCGCUCAGUAGCAGCUUUGUGCCCAUCGGGUCGGAGAGCAUCAAGGCCUUCCCCUUUCUGCACGAUCAGCUAAUCAUCACGAGAAAGAUCGUUGCAUCGUACAAGUGCGGAGAGCAAGGGGGAGAAGACCCCGCAAAUCAAAAUGAAACAGAUCAAGCGGGUGAGCCGGGGGGUCCUGGCGAAAAGGCAGACAAGAGUGACAAAAAAAAAAAGAAAAAAAUUGCAGAAAAAGAUGAAAAGAAAAAAAAGAAAAAGGAAAAAACAAAAAGUAACUCACGAAGGGAUGAGAAAAAAUCGGACCACUCUCUCAAAACGGAUAUUGACAUAAGUUUUCACAUCACGCUGAAUAUAAAUUCCCUGGUGGGCUACUACUGUGGGAGAUCCUCGUACAACAUAAUGAACGUGAAGGUUGAUGGGGUGUACAACAUCCCCAAAGCGGUUGAAGACAAAAUGGCGAAGAAGAAUUCGCACACAUUUCAAUUGAAGUUUUUGGACUUUUGCCUGAACGAUGGGGCUCUUGUGGAAGAUGAGCAAGACAAAUACAGAAUUGUGUGGAAAAAAAACGACCUGUACAAGUACAGAAAUAUAAAGGAAAUUGAAUAUAUUUACAACUUUCUGUUCUACGAAUCUUUUAACGUGAAUGCAUAUUUGCUCUGCGUCAACGAGGGGAAGAAACAAAGGGACAACGCCACCCCGAGCGUAAUGGAUUCCCUCUGCGGAAGGUUCGAAGUCAACAUUUCCGACGUGAUAACAAACACAGUCAUCAACGCCAAGUACCAACUGCACAGCUUUAAUUCACCAAAGGGGGAGGCAAAAAGUGGCCGGGAAAAUGAAGCCAACGAAGAGUCGUUCGUCUACGGAGGGGCUUACGUCCUACUGACCAUUCAGUUUUACAAGCCCUUCUUAAAGAGGGAGAAAGUGGAAUUCCCCCUGCAGAUGUUUAACGCGAAGGGAGGCACUCCAGAGAGCGAUAAGAAGGAAAGUGAGUGUGUCGAGAAUGUGUUUAACAGGUCCAUCCUGGAGGGAAUCCAGUACGUCAACCACCAAAUCGACAAGCUGAAAGAGGAGGACCAAAUAAAGAUUUACAGAAAGUCCAAGGAGUAUGUCUCCUUCCUGGACAGAUUGAAGGAAACGCCCACAUACCUCAACCUUUACAACAACAUCAAGGACGUCAUGAUCAAACUGGCGUACGAAAUUGUGCGGAAGAAAGUUUACAAAAAUUUUAACCUCCAUGAUGACGUGACGUGUGAAGAGGAGGACAGUCAGGAGAAGGAGCAAACCGCGGAAGCAAACAUGAUGGAAAAAAAAACCUGCGGAAAGAAGACCAUGUCAGAGGAAAACGAAAACUGCAUCCUGGCGCAUCUGUUCAACCUCGUACACGAAUCAUCCAACGUGAUCAUAAACGGCUACUUCGAAAAGGAGAACCACCUUAACAUGAAUACACUACACGAAAUAAAAGAAAAAAACAACAUCACAAAUGUAGAAAACUACCUAUUCAAUGUGGUACAGGAAAGCGAGUUUCUACUGAAGCAUAGGAAGACUGCCUAUUUCUGCGAAGCUAUGUUGGUCUUCCUCUUCAGGAAGAUAACGUCUUCCGGAGAAUGUACCACGGGAAAACAUUUCCCACAGAUGGAAACACAAGAUUGUAAUCAUGUGGUUAAUAUGCUGCUACACUAUUCGGACUAUGACGAGGAGAAGGACGACCCACACAGAGACAACUACAUGUACGAAAAGAAGAAAAAUGAAAAAAAAAAUAAAAAAAAACAGGAAGACAUGCUAACAUGUUUGAUGAGCGCCAUGCAGGAAAAAAACGCCAACUCUUAUUUGUUCCAAUACAUGGACCACUUUGGCGAAGUGAUGCUGAACGGGGGGGAAAAUGCAGCGGUGGAGGCGCCACCUGCGGCGAUGCCACCCGUGGAGGGCGCUGAACAGGAGAAUAUCAUCUCGAUUAUGAACUCGCCACAAAAUGAGGAAAUUAAAAAAAUAUUUCUUGACGUCCUGUAUACGUAUGCCAAAAGUCUUCUCAUAAUAAGUAGCCACCCAGGUGGCCAAGCCCACAAGAAACGACAGCGUGUCUACUACGAGCAAUACUGCGUGGAGAGGAGUGAAAGACCAAAGGACAACCUCUCUCGGGAGGGGGACAACGGGGGGGUUACCCCAAAAGAUCACAUCUAUGACCACAUCUACGACCAGAUCAACGACAACUUCGAAUGUCACAACAAUUUCAACUCAUACGACAAGUACCUGGACGGAGAAAAUGCGGACGCCUGCAUUUCGUGUCUGUCCGCCUACGUGGAACUCACCAAUUUUGAAAACACCGAAAGCAUCUUCACCUUAGCCUUAGCCUACCUAAACGCACAUAAGUAUGCCGAGGCUGAGAAAUUAGCCACCUAUUUGAUAGAAACUCUGAAGAGGAAAAAAUGCCAAAGGGGAAAAAAAGGAGGACCUUCUUCUUGUCCUCUCUCCCCCCCUGGGGAACCACCAGCUGAAGAACCCCCCAUGGAUAUGAAAAGGUUGCACCUGUACAGCUCAUUUAGCCAAACACACCUAGAUGUAACUGUGGAGAUUUGCGUGUAUAUAAAAGCCUUGUGUUUCUUCUUCCAGAGGAACUACGUGCAGUACUACAUUAACAUGAGCAUCCUGAUGAGCGCCAACGAAAAUGAGCUGCGGGUGGAAGUUGAAAAGAGUGCCUCUUCGUUGGGAGGUUAUAUAGUCAGAAACGACCCCAGCGGAAAGAAGGCAAAAUGUGAAGACAGUGAAAGGAGAGAUAAGACGGGGUCCACCCUUAAUAGCGGCAGUGUCGACAAUGUGGGGGGUAUCCCAAGUGUUGCAGGUGAUGCGAGUGACGAGGUGGGACAAGUCCAAGAUCAACAUAGGAAAAAAAAAAAAAAAAAAAAAAGUACAAAAGGAGGAGAAGACGCACCGGACGGGAACGAAACUGGGUUGAAUGACCAACCCAGCACAGACAAGGAGCAGCAAGAACAGGAAGGUGCAAGAGCGAAAGGAAGGAGAGACAGUCAAAGAGAACAACCAGCCCUAGGGGAACAUCAACCCAUGGUGAAUUAUCCCGAGACGAACUUAUACAGACACAUCCCAGCGAAGGACUCCUUCAUGUUGUUGUUUCUGAUUCAUUGCACAAAAUUGAACAUACUAAAUGUUGUAAUGUUUAUUCACGAAAAUCGGUGCAAGUUUCUAACUCAGUCGUCCUUGGAUACGCCUCUGUAUAGGCAGCUCAUCAUCCGGGCGUUCUUUGCAGUGGGAGAAUUCGCCAAAUGUAUGGAACUGAUCGAGGAGACGAACGAGCACCUGCACAACCUGGACGUCCUCUACAUCUACGCGCAGAGCUCGUAUAAGCUUGGCGACUACCCCAAGUGUGUAGACCUACUGAAGAGAUAUUUACCUCUGUGUAGAUUAAUGAAUGUCCGGGUAAAGAUGCACCUGCAGUUGAGUAAAAUUUACCUAUCGCAGGGCAAAUUUGAAGAGAGCAAAACGGAAAUUAAGAACUCACAAGAGGUUUGCAAAACUAGCUAUUCGUACCUCUACUUGGCUUGUUACUACUUAAAGAGGAGAAAAUAUUUGCAGGCGUAUAGACUCUUGUACAAGUCCAACGAAAUGAACCUUUUCAACCACAAAUUGUGGGCAUAUCUAUGCAUGGCAUUUUUGCACCUCGGCAUGCGGGACCAAGCUGAUAAAUGUCUAGGCAACUUUAUAAAAAUGAAAAAGUACGACAAGGGAAUUAUUUCCGAAAUGGUGAAGGCAUACAAAGAGGUUGGAUACGAGCAGGGAGGACAGGUGUUGUCAACUCUGCAUGCAGGGGGAAGCUAA